AUGGUGGCCAAGGGCAGACUGCUUGGCCUGCUCUGGCAGCGUGUGGUGACAGGGGCUGCCCUUGAGAGCCGCCGCGAACUGUAUAUGUCCUCCUGGCGGGCUGAUUGCAACAGAGCCUCACUCACUCGAGUGCACCGGCAGACCUACGCACGCCUCUACCCUGUGCUCCUGGUCAAGCAGGAUGGUUCCACCAUCCACAUCCGCUACCGGGAGCCUCGACAGAUACUCACAAUGCCUGUGGACCUGGACUCCCUGUCCCCAGAGGAGAGGCGUGCACGGUUCCGGAAACGAGAGGCCCAGGUCAAAGAGAAGGAGGAGGAGCCAGAGCUCGGUGAUGACUUUGAUGUGGAGCAGUACAAGCAGUUUUGGACCAAAAAGUGA